AUGACCUUGGCGGACCUGAAGGCUCACCUCUGGGAGCUGGCUUCUAAAGAACCCUUCUACGAAUGUCUGGGUCCUCCAAACGACUACUUCUUUCAAGGUAUUUCAUCACUCAAGGCGGAGGAGGAGGAAUUUUACGAUGAGCAAUGCAAGUUUGUUGGUCUUCAGCUCCUCCUACCUCUCAUGCGUCUAGAAAAAGUUGCUGAUGAUGCUCAAAUUAUUGAACAGAAGAGGAAUGCGAUGAUUGCCAAAAUAUCCACCAUAUCUCAGGCUCAUCUCAAGACGGCAGAAGAAGGCAACCCAGAGUUAGCCUGGGCCCGUCAGUGCCUUCUUGCGAUAUCAGAAGCCAACAUUAGGCGCUUGGAGUCGAGCGGGCCCGUUGCCAUGGCACACUACCUCACUGGGGCUGCACUUCAGCCGAAGCUGAACACAGCAUUGCAGCGACGUCUGCAACGUCUACCCUGCCUUACCAUUUCGGCAGUGUAUGUAGACUGUUAUAGCCCGCCUAAGCAGCGCGUCCUCAAAUUGAAUCUACCUAAAUCAAUCACCGUGGCAGCGACAAUUAAAGAAAUUAUUGACGAGCAGAGGCGACGUGUUCAAGGCGAUGUUGGCUACCAUAAUAUGGAUUCAGCCUCUCAAUACAUUCUCAAAGUGUGCUGUUCUCAGGAGUACUUAUUCGAACAGGAUACUGCACUAGUACACUACGCCUACGUACAAGAAUGCCUUCAACGUGAUGACAUUCCUCGCCUCUCUCCGGUCCUUCUCAAAGAUGUCCUAGAAUGUCUCGGCUUGCCAGUUCCAGAGAUGAAUUAUGAUGGUUGUGCACCAGCUUAUCCUUCUGCUGUCAACGUCGCUCCUCCCUUGCCCUCCGUCAUCGACCUCUCUGGAGUGAGGGAAGAGGAUAAUGAGGAUGCGGUGACAGGGGAAAGCGAAGAUUUGUGGAACCUACGGGAUUACUUUUCUCUCACUGUUCGCACUGCUCAAAAACUCACCAAUGUGACACAAAACCCCUCAACGGAGCAAUUGGACACCGACUCUUUCUUCUCCGGAUCCUCUAGUUUCACCGAUCUAACAGUGGAUGUGACAGCAUCUCCGGGUGGCAGUGAAAGUAGCAGCAGUGGUGGUGGUGGUGGUGGGGGAGGAGGAUUGUCAACCUCCACUCCACCAGUGUCUGCUUCGUCGUCCUCCAGUCUGGAUACCCCAUCAGGCAGCUUAGUGAACAACUACAUGGUCCGAGUGGGACUGGCGCAUGGCGGACAACUGCUUGCAAAGUAUCAGGUUGUGGAAAGGACGAAGGGAGAAAAUCGGGAGAGAGGGUUUUUGAAUUACUUAGAUGCUCAAGGAGUCUUAAGAUCCAGACUCUUUUGA